UGACCGGCGGUUGCUGAGGGAAGCUUGAGAGGCGGGGGUUGUCGUGGGGUAGCUAAGGGGAGACCCCUUCCCCUGGAACUGAAGCGCGGAAGAGGCUUUCCUCACCCCACAGGGUCUCGGAGAGGGGAAGAGGAAGGCCUGUCUUGGAGAGGACCGAAGGUGACGGAUCAAAGGUGCUCGCUUGGAGGCCGUCAGAGUCAGUUCUGAGAACCAAAAUGGCCUCUCGGCGGAUGUCACAAGAGUCUUUUGAUGCCGUAAUACAAGCCAAGGUGAAGCGGUACCACCUGGACCGAAGCGACCCCAUCGACGAAGCCCUCCAUCAGCUUCGAGUUCACUCGCGACCAGUCCCACGGACCCGCUAUGAUGAUGAUUUGGCUGAUGACAGCGAGUACCCGCGUAGUAGUGACUGGAGAGAAGACACCCGCGAGGACUUCUCAGUGCCAUCCUAUAGAUCAAGCAGCCCCGCUGCAGAGGAAGACGACUACUACAACAAAGGCUACAGCCACCCCUCUUCACGGAGCCGAGACUAUACCCACUCAAUUCCGCGGGAACGAGACUAUGGCCAUUCAUCUUCCACCGACCGGGAUUACGUCAGUCCGCUUAACAGGGACAGUGAGUACGACCGUCCAGCCUCCCGGAAACGGGAAUACGACCACGCCCCUUCUCGGAAGACCCCUAGACUCCACGAUACCGACUACAGCUCUUCAGAACUGCUGAGUGAUUUUAGAUCUCUGGAGCAUUUGGGAGAGGAUUAUGGCACUGUACGCAGUCAGAGUAAUGACUUGGAAUACGGAUUUGAGCUCGAAAGAGAAUUCAGUCCGUCUUUGCACAGCGGGAGGGGCAAACGGGGCAUGGCCACUCGGGGCAUGGCUAAAAGUCGAGGGGACGUGGCUGGUCCCUUCAAGAAAUGGGAGGAUAAAAGGUUGUCCCUGACAGAGGAUCCGUUAACAGACCCUCCCAAUCGCCCCAAGCCGAGAAUAAUGCCUUCUAAUCGCCCCCAACUUAACCUGAGACCCAAUCUGGCCCUCCAGAGAUUUGCCCUACGUCCUGGGAUUCUAGAGUCUACACAGAGUGACCAAUACGAAGAGCCCAAUUUGGACCUAGUCAACCCUUCUGACAUCUUUUCAACUUUUGGCAUUGAAAUCAUUAAGUGGGCUGGGUUCCAGAUGAUCAAGAAUGACCCAGAAUAUUUGGAGUUGUACCGGGUGCUCUUCUCGCUGGAGACAGAGACGUGCGCCAAGACACUGGCGUCGUUCAAGUGCUCGCUGAAGCCGGAGCACAGAGAGUACUGCUUCUCCAUUGUCAAGCCUUUGCAGCAUGCAGCCUUGAAGACUCCCAAGGUGGACAAUGAGUUCUUGAAUCUGCUUCUGGAGAAGAGGGCGAUGAUGACAAAGAACUGCUUCUUCCAGGUCGUCAAACCGUUCGACCAGUACAUGAUGCGUCUGCAGGACCGCCUCCUGAAAAGCGUCACGCCCCUCCUGAUGGCUUGCAAUGCCUACGAGCUGAGCAUCAAGACCAGUAGCUUCAGUGACCGGGCGCAGAUGGCCGCUGCCUUUGAGACCACCGUUUCUCUUUGCCGCAAAUCCCUGGCCCUCCUGGGACAGACCUUCGCCCUGGCGUCUGCGUUCAGACAGGAGAAAAUCCUGGCGGCAAUCGGUAUCCUGGAGUCCGCACCUCCACCCACCUUGUACCCCAACUUUGACACCUCGGCCUUGUUUGGGAGGGAGUACAUUGAGGUUUUGCAGAACUGGAUGGAGAAGAGCGGCUGCCGGGUUGAGUUAAAGAAAGAGGCUCCUAGGACAUCGGCUCCCUUUCAGAGGAAUGUUCCGGAAACCAGGCCUAAGCUUAAGAUCCCGCAGCGUGCUGAUCGAAAGGUCGUUGAGACGAUUGAAAAGCUGGUGAGCUCUCUGUUUUCUGGCUCAAUGAAGGCCAGAGAGAAAGCCGAGCUGAAGGGCAAGCCAGAAUACUGGUUUUUGCACGAAGAGGAGAGCCUGGAAUACAAAUAUUACAAGCUGAAGCGGGCCGAAAUGGAGCAGCUGAUGGCCACGCCCAAGGAGGAGCCCAAGGAGGAACCAAAGGAGGUACCAAAGGAGGAGAAGACGACCCCUGAAGAACGGGCCUCAGAAUACGUGAGGGUGUUGCUGUACGCGCGGAAAGUAGCCAGCAUCAAGAGGAGGCUUUUCCGGAGGAAACGGCCCAGGAUCCUGCAGCGAGCCGCCAGAGGCAGGAAAGCCAAGAAGGUCACUGUUGGGACCCAGACGCUCCUGUCGGCGGGGACGAUGCUCAAGCAGCAGCGCCUGCACAGCCAGGGCUUGGCCACGUCCUCGGGGGUGGGCUCUCCCCCCUUGGAGGAAGCCAGCCCUCUCAUUGGCGGCCAAGAUCCGGAAGAGCCACCGUCCGUGGAGGAAGCUCCGGCUGCCGGGCCCUGCACGGAAGCUCCAGGGCCUGCCCAGUCCUCAGCAGACCCGUUUCCUGAUGUGGACGCAAAAACGAUGGAAACGGCCGAGAAGCUGGCCAAGUUCGUAGCCCAGGUUGGGCCAGAGAUUGAGCAGUUCAGCAUUGAUAAUAGUGCGGACAACCCCGAUCUCUGGUUUCUGCAGGACCAAGAGAGUUCGGCCUUCAAGUUCUAUCGUGCCAAAGUCUACGAGCUGUGUCCUUCCAUCAGCUUCGGUUCCACGCAGGAGUCUGCUGAUUCGAGCCAAAGCCCAGAACGUAUGGAGAGCAACGGGGGAGAGGAGGAGGAGGAAGAGGAAGAAGACGAGUUUGAAGACGAGACCUCUCAGGCAGAAACGACAAGAGAGGAUGGGGGCGAGGCAGAAUCUGCCCCCGCAGACGAGGAGGCGGAAGAGAUGAUCACCGAGGAAGGUGCGGAAAAAACAGAAGAGGCGGGCACAGCCGAGGAAGGGCAGGCCGGAUCCUCUUCUGAAGGUGCCACCCUAAAGCCGGUCGGCCAGGCAGCUUCCAGUGUCCCUCCGCAGCGCAAGAGAGUCAGCAGCAAAUCCUUGAAAGUGGGCAUGAUCCCGGCCCAGAAGAGGGUCUGUCACAUCGAAGAGCCACAAGUCCACGAGCCAGUCCGGAUCGCUUACGACCGACCACGUGGCUAUUCUUACAAGAGGAAGAAGUAUCCGCAGAAGACCAAGGACAUGGAGUUCACGCAGAGGAAACUGACGCAGAGGAAUAUUGGGUUCCAGAUGCUCAAGAAAAUGGGCUGGCAGGAGGGACGCGGCCUCGGGUCGCACGGCGAAGGCAUCAGGGAGCCAAUCAAAGUGGGCUCCACCUCAGCAGGGGAGGGCUUGGGUGUUGCUGGGGACGAGAAGAAGGAAGACACAUUUGACACCUUUCGCCAGCGAAUGAUAAAUAUGUACAAUCUGAAGAGAGGCUGUAAAUAGGAAUGUCCUGUGUCUAUUCUGGACAGGAUGAAAAAAACGACCCUCUUCAGUGGUGAAAAUUGUGUUUCUCUCCACCCUCCGAGACUCGGAAGCUCAGCUUUUCCAUCCUUUUAACAUUUUCUUUCGAAUCCCUUCGCCUCGGCAACAACUGCUCUCUACGAUUGGAAGCAGCAAGUUCUGUUACCUUUAAUCCAUCCAUUGAUCAUAUUUGUGUCCUCUCCCCCCCACCUCCCAAAAAAGAAAAGAAAUGGCAUGCUAGAACUUAGAUUUUAACAAGUAGGGCUUCUAGGAAUUCCACCUUUAUUCCGGCAUCUUCCUUAACUCAGCAGCUUGGAAGUUUGAGAUGGAUUUCUGCUAUUUUUCAACCAGCCUUUGGCCGCACCCUCCCCAAAGGAAUGUCGACAUACCACACAGAAAGCUAUAUUUGGGCCUGUGAGCCCCACUGGCGGCAGCGCACUUGAGGGGGUGUGGAAUUUGCACUUCUGUGUUGUGCAUCUCACGAAUUCAUGGCUAGCAGUUGGCUGACGCGCCUCUCCAUUCCCUCCCCACCUUGAUACUUAGGCUGGACAUUGCUUUAAUGUCCUUGCAAAGAGGACUUCCCUUUGGAGCCGAGCAUCUUGGAACACUGAGGCAUCCAGAGGGGGAAAUUGUUUUUUAGCGUUGGAACUCUCUGGUUUUAACGAUGGUUUUAAACCCACGUCCCAACCAAGUGAUAUUAUCUGGACUUCCCCAGUUUUUGCUUUCCGGUAACUAUCUGCAAAAGAGGUCUUCAUCUUUUGUCGAAUGGGCAGACUAAUAUCUUUUUUUUUUAAUUUUCCCCGUUAGAAAACAGCGAACGUUCUUUUUCCAGUAGCUGCCCAUUUUUUGUGUCUUCCCAGGCGCACUCUGUCACAAAGACCACGAGCUUCCGAGACUGUGUUUUAACUUCUGCUAGGAGGGAGUCUUUCUCCCCGCUCGAGACCCUUUUUUUUUUUUGGUUUAGAAUGUUGCCUUUUUAGUGCUUCUUCGGUAAGAGUUUUCCCCCCCUUCCUGUAGCACUGAACAGUAUUGACACGUAAUAAAUAGAAGGUCUGUUAAGCGACGGCUGACGUUUUCCUGCUUCAAAAUGUUUGAACCGCAUGUAAUUCUUUUCAAAGAGGCUUACAAUAA